AAAAGAGUGAUCUUUAACUAGAAUACAAAAAUAGCCAGUUGCCUGGAAGCAAUUUCAACUUUGAUCCAUCAAAAUUUCCAUAAAAAACAAAACUUUAAGAAGAAUUACGAAAACCCCAGUUGCCUGGAAGCAGCUUUCAUUUUGGUUGUUCAAGAUUUCCAUAAAAGAGUGAACUUUUAAGUAGAAUUCAAGAACCCCAAGUUGCCAAAAGAAGCAUUUUUCCUUCAAGAUAUCUAUAAAAGAGUGAACUUUUAAGAAGAAUUCAAGAACCCCAAGUUGCCAAAAGAAGCAAUUUUUUACUGUGUUUUUGCAAGAUUUAGUUAUGAAGAAAGGAUCGUUUGCUCCUAAUCUUAAACUUUCUCUUCCACCUCCUGAUGAAGUUAAUCUCUCCAAAUUCCUGACUGAAUCAGGGACAUUUAAGGAUGGGGAUCUUUUGGUGAAUAGAGAUGGAGUUCGAAUUGUCUCGCAGAGUGAAGUUGCAGCUCCUACAGUUAUACAGCCAGCAGACAACCAGUUAUGCUUAGCUGAUUUUGAAGCAGUUAAAGUUAUUGGAAAGGGAAAUGGUGGUAUUGUGCGGCUGGUUCAGCAUAAAUGGACUGGGCAAUUUUUCGCUCUCAAGGUUAUUCAGAUGAAUAUUGAAGAGUCCAUGCGCAAGCAUAUAGCUCAAGAACUGAGAAUUAAUCAGUCAUCCCAGUGUCCAUUUGUUGUCGUAUGCUAUCAGUCAUUCUUUGAUAAUGGUGCUAUCUCAAUCAUUUUGGAGUAUAUGGACGGUGGCUCCCUAGCAGAUUUUCUGAAAAAAGUCAAUACAAUACCCGAACGGUAUCUUGCUGCCAUCUGCAAACAGGUUCUCAAAGGCUUGUGGUAUCUUCAUCAUGAGAAGCAUAUUAUUCACAGGGAUUUGAAACCUUCGAAUUUGCUAAUCAAUCACAGAGGUGAUGUCAAAAUCACCGACUUUGGUGUGAGUGCAGUACUGGCAAGCACAUCUGGACUGGCUAAUACCUUUGUCGGCACAUACAAUUAUAUGUCUCCAGAGAGAAUUUCAGGAGGUGCCUAUGGUUACAAAAGUGACAUUUGGAGCUUGGGUUUAGUUUUGCUCGAGUGUGCAACAGGUCAUUUCCCAUAUACCCCACCCGAGGGAGAUGAAGGAUGGGUUAAUGUUUAUGAACUUAUGGAAACUAUAGUUGACCAACCAGCACCUUGUGCACCUCCUGACCAAUUUUCUCCUCACUUCUGCUCAUUCAUAUCUGCGUGUGUCCAGAAGGACCAGAAGGACAGAUUGUCAGCAAAUGAACUCAUGAGUCACCCUUUCAUCACCAUGUACGAUGACCUGGAUGUUGAUCUUGGAUCUUACUUCACAUCCGCAGGACCUCCAUUGGCAACACUCAAUGAGCUAUAAUUGAUUUUCUAGAAUGCCUUGCAAGUGAUGGUCAUCAACCAGAACUUUGGCCAAGUAGCUUUUCUAAUUGUGAGUUUGUGACUUUCCAAAAAUUAAAAGCCUUUUGAGGAGGCGCCGAGAACCAAGUGAAGCAGAUGCAGCCAUAAUUGUACUUCUCAAGCUUGCGUUAGGUAGCGUUGGGUGUGUAACUAUGACAUUUUCUUUUAAUAUAUUAUAUUCAAGGGAACAAGUAGUCCAGAUAUCCCUCUUCAUAGGGCUCAUUUUUUACAUUAAUCCUGGGUGCAAGUGUUUUGGUUUACAAUUUGACCUCUAUCUUUUGGCACAUAAACUUGUUUAUUGUUAGUGUUGUAUUGAUUGUAAAAUUAUUGAGCUCUCAUUUCUCCUAAUGAUCAAUUUAGAGACCUUUCAAUGAA